CACUUUCUCUGCAACCUCUUCCUCUUUCUCCUCCGAUCCUCCUUCUUCUCCUCCUCUUGAUGGACUUGGUUUUCAACAAAGAACGUGUAUCAUACACUCGUUGCACCUACUGCAACACUGUUCUUGCGGUUGGAGUUCCUUGCAACUGGUUAAUGGACAGAGUGACUGUGAAGUGUGGUCACUGCAACCAUCUUUCUUUACGUGAUCCCAGAAACAUGCAAUGCAUUUGCCCUACCUUCUCUCACUCAUUUUGCUUUCAGGGUAUGCAAUCAUCAUCAACAACCUCAAGUCAACUGUUCAAUAACACUGCUAGAUUUGGCAUGAAGAUGCCAAAGAAACACAGGACUCCAUCAGCUUAUAAUCACUUCAUGAGAGAUGAGAUACAACGGAUUAAGUCUGCCAAUCCAGAUAUUCAUCACCGAGAAGCUUUUAGCAUGGCUUCAAAGAAUUGGGCAAAGUAUGAUCCCCGCAACCCAUCCACUUCCUCUAAGGUUUCAGUUUAGUCCUAUGAAGAAGAAAGACAAGGUCUUUCUGAUCAGGAAAUUAAAUUAAGAAGCACGCGGGUGUUUGUGAACUUAGGGAGAUUAAUGUAUCGUAUUUGUAGUGAUAGAUGUUCUUCAAACUUUGUGGAAUAUUUGAUGUGAUCUUGGACCUUUAUCAGCAAGGAACGGC